AUGUCAUUGGGCACAUCUGCAGUGAUCUAUUUGGGCCUGAUUCCCUAUGAAUGGGAUGAAAAUGCUGUAAAGGCUGUGGUAAGCGGCUCUGGUAGAGUAGUCGAUGUAAGACUUGGAUUUGACUAUGCUGGUAAAAACAAAGGGUUCUGCUUUAUUGAAUAUGCAACUCCACAAGAUGCUCAGAACGCUUUGAGACUUCUAAACCAAGUUCAAAUUGCGGGAAAUCAGGGUGCAGGCCCCAUCAAAAGACUUAGAAUCGAGCUCUCCAAAGAGGGUCUAAGAUCAAAUGGCCAAACAGAUAUGAAACCAGUAUUAAACUUGGAUAAGAGGUACUUGCCUCCGUUCGUAUAUGUGCCACCGGAAAUGAGUUCUGGUGAUAGCAAUGGACCUGGUACAGGGGGGGCCCAAGGUGGUGCUCCUGGAUUCAAUGGUAUGCCACCAGCUCCAAUUGGUCUUCCUCAAGCACCAACUGCGGUGCCAGCGCCUGGUGCUGGACUUCCAAAUUUGCCCAGAAUUCCUCCAUCAUUGCCUCAAAAUCCUAAUAUGCAGCAACAAAGAGGUGGCCAGUUUGGUUACAACAAGCCCCAAUCACCACAGAUUCCACAACAUGCGCAAAUGCAACAGCAGCCCCAAAUACAGCAGCAACCUACGGCACCACAAUAUCAGCAGGGAUUCCAGAACACGCCCACGCCGCCCCAGAUACACAAUACCAGUGUAACUGUUUCGCAAAUGCCUACUACGCUUACUGCAGCUUCCCAGACACUUCCACAACCAAAUACCUUGCCCUUCUCGACUCCCGAUAAAAUCAAUGAAACAUUGAGUAAAAUUCCUCCAGUUCAGCUUAUUGAACUCAUAGCAAACUUGAAAAACAUUCUCGGAAGUCCAAAUGCGGCAAGAGCCGUGGACGUGUUCCAGCUUUCACCAGACCUCGCUUCGUCAGCGGCGCAGGCAUUGUUGAUCAUGGGGUUGAUCGAUGAAGACGUUAUUGCUAAUUCGAUGAAGGCCACUCCACCGCCAACUGAUCAGCAGCAGCAACUGAAUCAUUACGGACAGCAACAAGGUCAGCAUCAGCCUACACCACCCCCACCUCCAUCUGCACAAACGUACAGGUCUCCUCAACCAAACAACAGGCAACCUUAUGGAGGCACGAACAGCAAUUUCGGAAUUCCACCACCACCACCUCAAUCAAAUUCAAAAUGGCCUAAUCUCCCACAACAUACUCAAGCUAAGUUGGCAAAUAUGGCCCCAGAUCAAGCAGACUUGAUUGCGCAAGUGUUAUCUAUCUCGCCAGACCAAAUCGUCAAUCUUCCUCCUGACAAGCAAACCAUGAUCACUAACAUUAGAUCGCAGUACUUGUGA